AUGGCUCAUUAUCUGAUGGCAGCUAAGGUAAAAAAAUCCCCAUUUGUAUUCGAAAUUCAAAAUAUAUGCUGUGAGGUUUGUACGGAUUUGGUGAAACGAAACUACUGUCACUUUGACAAAGUGGCGCCCAACAAAUAUGCCCUUAGUUUUCUAAUUGAAAUCAAUCGUCAAUUGCCAGCAGCCACCGAGGUGGCCUUUACGAUAGAUGUUAGACCCAAGGGUGGCCAGAAGGCAGUGAAAUUUGUAAAUCUAAGACUUAAGGUCUGUGACGCCUUGGCAAGUUUGAAAACAAACCCGAUGCUUAUGAUGAUAUUAAGGGAAAUGUUGCAGAACAGCAAUCUGCCUCUAUCGUGUCCCCUGAAACCGAACAUUUUAUAUAACAUUUCCAAUAUGAUGGUAAGCGAUGAAAUUGUACCCAGCUAUGCCCCAACAUUGGACUUUAAUUUUACCAUGAUAUUUUAUUUGGAAAAAUCGAAUAUGGGCACAAUUUUUGUCCAGGGUGCAAUUAAAAGGAAUUAA